AUGAAAUCAACAUUGAUCGAACUCUUCCUUUGUACGCUGGUACUUGUCCUCAUCUUCCAAUCACCCGUCGCAUCUAAAUAUGUCUUUGGCAACGUUGAAUACGAAAAAGUUGGCGGACAAGUUCAACAAAAGCGCAACAACAAACCAUCGCCACCUGUAAGUAAAUGUCAGUGUACUCAGGCUAUCGCAGAGUUCGGAGAGGAUGCAACGGAUCCAAGCUGUAUAGUCGGUUCGGUCCAGUUCGUACAGAAUCCUUGUGGCCAAUUAACCAUGACUGGUGUUUUUCAAAGUGGAUUCCAGAAUACGGCGGCAGAUUACAAAUUCAAGCUUGUCAGUCCCAACGCAGGAGAUGAAAGCGUUGGGCGUAAUGAAACCAUCAAAGACAUAACCAAGUUUAUCGACUUUAAAUUCUUUCGCGGUGGAUUAAAGACAUGGUCAGCAACUACAUCGCAGAUUAGUCUCAACUGUAACGAGAAAGGAGCCGGCCCCAAUGUACUCAAUCAGCGUUUAUAUAUAUAUGUAAAUAACGACAGAGCUGGCUCAACUACAGUGAGAAAGAGACAUAGGCGUGGUUGA